AUCUAGCAAUAAGGCGGAGGGGGCCGAUCGAACCCGCGAUUUUAUAGCUGUAGAGGAAGGAACUCGUAAAAUGCUAACAGCUUUUAUGCGCUGUGGUAUAAACAACAACAACAGCCUCCGCUUUAUGGCGUUUUAUAGUUUGUUAAAGAGUUUACAGCCGUUUUUGGGGGCCCUAUUACAAAGCCAAUUCCCUCCAUAUGAUAGUUAAACCUUUAUCAAUAAUAAGGAAAUUGAUCAUUAAAACCUUAAAUAUGACGACCUCGUUUGUUUUAAAAUAUGUUUAGGAGAAGGAGCUGUAUGAUUUGAUAACUUGUAUUAAAAUACCAAUUACAUUUAUAGGACCUUUUAAAACUCGGCGCAAUUAAACCGUGUUCUUUUACAGUUUUCCAAAGCGACCCUGACAUUUAGAAAGACUCCAACUGCCUCGUUAAAAUCGCGAAAUUAACAGCGGGCCCUGACGCCUCCCAGUUUCCCCCCCCCUUUUCCUUUCCACGACUCCCCCACAUCAUUCUUUGGGGGUGGUCCUCGAAGGUAUUUGAUUUGUUGUGAGGCUAGAUAUAUCUCAUUAAUGUAGGUAGUUAAACAUAUUUAAUCCGUAUUCUCUCUCUCUCUCUCUCUCUCUCUCUCUCUCUCUCUCUCUCUCUCUCUCUCUCUCUCUCUUCUCUUCUCUCCUCUCCUCUUUCUCUUCCUCCCUCUCAAGUGUUUUUCCUCUCUCUCUCUCUCUCUCUCUCUCUCUCUCUCUCUCUCUCUCUCUCACUCCCUCCUCUCUCCCUCCCUCCCUCCCUCCCUCCCUCUCUCCCUCUCGCCACCGCGCCGCGCUCGCUCGCUUGCUCAGUCCGGGAGGAGUACGGAGAAGCCAAUAGGAUGAGGGGUCUCUAAUGGAUGCAAAUGAUCAUGAAAAGACAGUGCAAAAUAUGAAAGAACUCAUUUGCAGGGAAGUAAAUCACCGAAAACUGUUUAUGAACUGCCGUCCCUUCUCCGAAAUGUAAAGCGAGGAACUCUUUAAGUGGCGGUAUAUUUUUGUUUGGGGGGUGGGGGGGUGGGGGGGAGGGAGGGUGAGUCUUCGCUACCAUGCAAGCUUAGAUUUUUUUUUUUUGACGAUUAUCCUGUCCUUUUAUAUUCCUGGAAAUCACAACAAAGUGUUGCGGCUUCGAGAUCUUCUUCGUCUUUUCUUUUUUUUUUUUCCUCUUCUUCCUUUCCCUCUCCUUGCCUGGUGAGGGGCACUAGAGCCGGUGAUUCGUGUUGUGUUUUUUUUUUCUCUCUCUCUCUCCCUCCCUUUCCCCCUCCCCACCCCCUCCCCAAUAACCCCCAACACCGACGCCGCCACCAAAAAUUCAAUAAAAUGAGCUCCUAUUUCGUCAACUCACUGUUCUCCAAAUACAAAACUGGGGAGUCCCUGCGCCCCAACUAUUAUGACUGCGGGUUCGCCCAAGAUCUGGGCGGAAGACCCACCGUGGUGUAUGGACCCAGUACCGGAGGAAGCUUCCAGCAUCCGACGCAAAUUCAGGAAUUCUAUCACGGGGCAUCCUCUCUCUCCACGUCCCCGUACCAGCAGAACCCGUGCGCGGUGGCUUGUCACGGGGAUCCGAGCAACUUCUACGGUUACGACCCUCUGCAGAGACAGACGCUCUUCGGGGCCCAGGACUCGGACCUGGUGCAAUAUGCCGACUGUAAGCUCGCCGCCGCCAAUGGCCUGGGGGAGGAAGCAGAGGGCUCUGAGCAAAGCCCUUCUCCCACGCAGCUCUUCCCCUGGAUGCGACCGCAAGCAGCCGCCGGACGCAGGCGAGGCAGACAGACCUACAGUCGCUACCAGACACUGGAGCUGGAGAAGGAGUUUCUGUUUAAUCCCUAUCUGACUCGCAAGCGGCGGAUCGAGGUGUCGCAUGCCCUGGGACUGACAGAGAGACAAGUCAAAAUCUGGUUCCAGAAUCGGAGAAUGAAGUGGAAAAAGGAGAACAACAAAGAUAAGUUUCCCAGCAGCAAGUGCGAGCAGGAAGAGUUGGAAAAACAGAAAAUGGAACGGGCCCAGGAGGCGGAGGAAGAGGGGGAAGGACAGAAAGCAGACAAAAAAUAGGCUUUGCGGAUAGACUUCGAGGGACGGUGGAUGGAUUGGUCGUGCGACACCCCUUUUCUUCCUUUCCCUUCACUUCCUUUUCCUUCCCUUUCCUUCCCUCCACUCCCCACCCCUUCCCUUUCCUAGCGGCGCCUGGGAGCCAGCAAGCCCAACUCCACCAUCCUCUCCACUCCUAGUCACCCCGCUCUGGCUGUAACCAGGCUGUAUGAAUCACCUUUCCUGUUAGACCUUUGAUACAACCGAACUGUAUGCAGAGCAAGUUAUUCUAAGCAGGUUAGCAGUGAGGCAGCUUUCUCCGCUUAUGCCCGUUGUUUCUAGUGAUAGUGUAUCGUACUAGCUUCUGUAUACCAUAACUGUGAGUUCUCUUUGAGUUCCUUCCUUUUCUCUAAAAGGGGCCAAAAAUAUUAGAAAAAAUAACACAAAGGCCUCCCCCCCGCUUUCAAUGCUAGAGUCCCUUCUGUAAAAAUUGGCAUUGUGCAAUUAUGAUUUUUUCUUUUCGUGGUUCUUUGUAUUGACUGAGGUAUCUAUUUCUGAUAAGUCAUCCCAACAACAUGAAACUGCCUAUUUAUGCUGUAGUUAUCUCUGUCUCUCUUUCUCUCCCUGUCUCUCCCCGUCUUCAUUGCCUCGAUCCUUCCUUCUCCCCCUCCCCUUUCCCUCUUCCCCGCCUCCCUCUGGCUCGCUUUCUUUUUUUCUCCCUUUGGUUGACAAUUUCGUCUUAAGUGUUUCUCAAAAGAGGUUACUUUAGUUAGCAUGCGCACAGUGGAACAAUUGUUAAAGUGUUCUUAGGUUUACUGUGAAGAGAAUGUAUCCUGUAUCCGUGAAUUGCUUUAUGGGGGGAGGGGGGACUAAUUAUAUAUUUUGUUGUGCCUCUAUACUUUGUUCUGUUGUCUGCGCCUGAAAAGGGCGGAAGAGUUACAAUAAAGUUUACAAGCGAGAACCCGUGACAAGA